AUGUUGCAGGUUCACGGAUCUGACUAUCAGUUUGCCGCAUACUGGCAGGAAUCACUUUACUUCAACCAGCAUGACUUGUUCAUGAGAAUAAACUUGGCAAAGCACAAAUACGAAGUAAUUAAGCCCCCAGAAGGUUUUCGAAAAUAUCAUAUGGGACAUUAUUUUGGAAAAUCGAAGAACGGUGCAUAUUGUGCACUACUCGAUGCCCUCGGACUUAGGAUUUGGUACCUCGACGAAACAGGUGAUCAGAUAAACUGGAUCUUAAAGUGCGAUGAUUUGGUUUUUGACAAUGAUGGUGCCGGUAGUACCAAAGAUAGGUCAAAGCAGAGUCGCAUCAAAUAUUCUCUACUUGGGUUUCAUCCGAAUGAAGAGAUCGUCUUCCUCCAUACACCCUUCAACAGAUUAAUGGCCUAUCACUUCAAUAGCUCCGAGGUCCAAGACUUGGGCUGCUUACCCGUGGAAACUCAAAGCCAGAUAAGGUUGUGUUUCCCUUACACGCCAUGUUUGAUGGGGGAGUUUUCAAACAACAAGUAG